ACAAGGUUGUAAAGGUAUUGAUACAGAAAGUCCUCGAUUUUAUAAUAUUUUUAGUGUGACUACAAAUGAUCAAUUUGAAGAUUGUAUUGUUCAAGUGUUUUUAAGAAAGCCUCCAGAGAAUUGGGUUUAUAUAGAAGAAGGAUUAGAGGGUGAUAUAUUGAUGCUAUUUGAGCUUAAUUUUACCCAUAUUAAAUUUGUUUUAGAGGCAGUAGAGACUAGUGUUCAAGAAUCUUUUUGCCAAAAUUUAAAUGCAUUUGAUCUUCUUAUGAAAAAUUCACAAAAUAUUCAUCUCCCUGAAUUAAAAAAAGAGAAUACUUGCAGAGACUUACUUUAUAAUAAUAUCAUUCGCUUAUUUCAAAAUAAAGAAUAUCAGCAAAACCUAAAUUAUAAUCUUUUUUACGAUACUGGAAAACAUGCUAAAUCUAAUCUUAAACAUGAUAAACUUGAGCAACUAGCUUCAUCAUUAGAACUAUCAGUAGUACAACCAUAG